AUGGCAUACUCAAUUCAGCAAAUUAGCUUCACGCAAUCAGUAAUUGGUGCCAUUGCCAUUGCCUUGGUCAUUGGAUGCACGAUCUUGCACAUGAUCGAAGAGCGAGAAGAUCAAGACCUCCAAAUCAGGCGCCAGCUGCUCUGCGAAGGCGCCAAAGAGCUCGCCCGCAACCACGAGCAGCGCAAGCAAGAGGUGCUCAACAACAUCCGCCUCCGCCAAGAAGUAGACGAGGACAGGAGAAACCGCAUCUUCCUGCGCUCACACAUCCACGCCAUCUUUUCCUGCGUCCGAUACUGCCAACAGCCCUGCGGCUGCAGAUAUACCGACCGACCACGGGUUCGAGAUCUCGAUGUCGAGUUCCUUCACGCCUGCUACUCUGACAAGCCCUCCGGCUUCGUCUCCGAUCAAGACUGCGAUACAACCUCCACUAGCAGCAAUUCUACUCGCAGUACUACCUCUGUCGCCAGUGGCACCGUCACUCCUGCCACACCCGUGUCUCCCAUCACUUCAUUGGCUGCCACACCGCCGGUGUUGCCUGAGAACCGAUACGACUCGAGUCUCUCUUUUCUACAUGAUUACUUCGCCAAUGAACUCAACUGA